CCCUCACUUGCUUCAACAUCAAAACAGCUGUCCAGUACAGGUUGCUGUCUGUUGUUUUUCUUCUUCUUCUCUUCUUCGGAAAGCUAGAAAGAUGUCUUACACUCCAGCUGGCGUUCUUGCCACUCUCCCACGUACCCAGCGUGGAUGUGCUCUGGUCUUGUCUGGUGACCCGAAAGGCAAGAAUUUCGUCUACACCAAUGGACAGAGUGUGAUCGUUCGUGAUAUCGCCGAUCCUUCCAUUGCCGAUGUUUACACUCAGCAUGCUGCUCAGACGACAGUUGCCCGGUAUGCGCCAAGUGGUUUCUACAUCGCCUCUGCCGAUGUCAGCGGAAAAGUUCGGAUUUGGGACACCACCAAUGCCGAGCAUAUUUUGAAGUAUGAAUAUCCUUGCCUGGGUGGACCCAUCAAGGACUUACAGUGGUCACCAGACAGCAAGAGAAUUGUUGUUGUUGGUGAGGGUCGUGAGGCUUUCGGUCGAGUUUUCUUGUGGGACUCUGGCUCAUCAGUUGGAGAGAUUCAAGGACACAGCAAAACGAUCAACACUGUGGACUACCGGCCUACUCGCCCGUUCCGCAUCGUUACUGGAGGUGAUGACUUCGCUCUAUCCAUUCUCCAUGGUCCACCAUUCAAAUUCAAUACAAACAUGCGUGUACACAAGAGAUUCGUGAACUCAGUGCGUUACGCCCCCAACGGUGAACAAUUCUUUUCUGCAGCCCAGGACGGCAAGAUGUUCUUGUGGGAUGGAAAGAGUGGGGAUCAGGUUGCUGAGUUCACCGAUGGCGAGAAUGCUCAUAAGGGUGGCAUCUAUGCUGCAUCAUGGAACGGUGACGGAACUCGCAUUCUCACAGCGUCCGGCGAUAAGACCUGCAAGAUCUGGGAUGUGGAGAGCCGCUCGGUUGUGAACACGUUUGAAAUCGGCAAGAACGUCGACGAUCAGCAGCUGGGUUGCCUGUGGCAGGGUGAUUACCUGCUCAGCGUAUCCCUGUCUGGUGUGAUCAACUACUUGGACCCGGCCUCCAACUCUGUGAGCCGUGUUGUGCGUGGCCAUAGCAAGAACAUCACCACAUUCAGCAUCAGUGAGGACCGCAAUCAGUUCUUCACUGGCAGCUAUGACUCGUCCACCAUGUCAUGGAACUCUGCGUCGUCAGAGUGCAAGCCGCUAUCCGGCAGCGGCCAUUCCAACGGUGUGCAGAAUAUCUCCAUCGCUGGUGGCAACUUUGUGUCCUGCGCCAUGGACGACACUGUUCGAUUUGCUGAGUUGCCUGCUGAGGUGCCAGAGUUCAAGACCUCUGUCAAGAUGCCAUCAUGCCCUGCUGACACCGCAGCUACCAAGGAUGGCUACACAGUUGUCGCUUGUGUUGAUCAGGUUGUCCUGAUGAAGGACCGUGCCAUCGUGAGCAGCGUGAAGACUGACUAUCAGCCCACCGCCAUUGGCAUCCGUGAAAAAACAAAGGAAGUCGUCGUCGGUGCCAAGGACAACAACCUGCGCCUGUUCAAGGUUGAUGGCAACCAACUGUCAUUCGUACGUGACAUCACGACGAUGGCUGGUGAGCCAACUUGUAUCGUAUUCGCUGACGAUCAGGAACACUUUGCUGUGGGUUCUGGCGCCCGUGAGGUCGGACUCUUUAAUGCGAACACCUUCACGCUUGUGCGUGCCGCUGCUGUCAACCACACGGCGCGUGUCACCGACGUUGCCUUCUCCCCGGACUCUAAGCGCUUUGCGUCGUCCAGUCUGGACACCAACGUCUAUGUGUGGAACAUUGAGAAUGAGAACAAGAUCAAGAUCGGCAAUGCGCAUCCACUUUCUACUAUCACUGGCCUGGUAUGGAUGAGCAACACACAACUGGCAUCGUCCGGCAGCGACUGCUGUAUCCGCAAGUGGAACAUUGAAUGAGCACACCGUGCAGUGAUCAAUACAGUGCCAAUAGUCUUGACUAUUGAGAACGAAAACCCCCGCUGCGGUGCUAUGCUAUCUAUCCAAUAAUUGCACAGUCUGACACAGCCACUAGUAACUGUCACAAACAGGGAGUAGUACAAUAUUAUUGUACUACUCCCUGGUUACAAAUUCGAAUUCACAGCUUUCGUAGCACACCAUGCAGUUGACAAGUUUUCAUCUACUGGCACUCAUUGAAGUGAUACACGUAAUUUUAAAGCCAUGGCAUCACCUGUAUUAUUUGAUUAUAAAGCCAGUCUCAGUUAUAAAGCCAUGGGCUUCAUAAAUGAGAUGACAUAUGAAGUAUGUUUUGAAAAAUGAAGGAAAUAGUACUAUACUAACAAACUUACAGCCCAGCAUGCAGGAAGGGUGAUCAAGUGGAUUUAUCUAUUGUAGAUUGAAAUUUCUGCGUGGACUUUGA